ACUUACCGAAUGGAGGCUCAGACCAGCCUGCAGAGCUGCAGCCACCCUUCAUGCCCUCCCUAACCUCCCUGCUAACAAUCAUGCUCCAGUUCCUACUUGGAUUCACUUUGGCCAACGUGAUUGGAAUGUAUCUGGCUCAGAACUAUGAUGUACCAAACCUGGCUAAAAAAAAGGACUUGAAGCCAGGAAGAAAGAAACCCCCUAGUCGAUGAGGCCGACUCUAGCACUGCCUUCUGGAUACACUGAUUCCACCACUCUUGAGGACCUCCUUUACCAUCUCAACCAAAGUCUUUUGUUUUUAUCUCCAGCCUCAGUGAUUUUCUUCCUUGCUAGACCCUGUGUUUUUUGCCUUAGAGGAAGCAAAAUGAGGCCCCAAGUUGAGAACUGUCAUUAGGUUUCUGAUAUCUCACCUCUUGCUAUCUCCUUCUUCCAGCUGAGUGGGAGGUUCUAAGACUGGAAUUACGGUGCUAGAUUAGUAAACAUGACCUUUAAUAAGUAGUCUCUUAUUUAUUUGGGAUUUCUACUACCUUUUGUCAAAAGAAAAAUUGAGGAGUUUUGUAUAGCAGGUCAAAUACAAAUAAUACUUAUUUCACAGAUUUUAGCAACUAAAAUAGGUGCUUGUUAAACAUUUGGUACUAAAUUGUGUUGUUUUGGCUGGACAGGGUGGUUCACACUUGUAAUCCCAUUACUUUGGGAAGCUGAGGUGGGUAGAUUGCCUGAGAUCAGGAGUUUGAGACCAGCCUGGGCAACAUGGUGAAACUCUGUCUCUACCAAAAAUACAAAAAGUUAUCUAGGGCCAGGUGUGGUGGCUCACGCCUGUAAUCCCGGCACUUUGGGAGGCUGAGGCAGGGGGAUCACCUGGUCGAGAGUUCGAGACCAGCCUAGCUGACAUGGUGAAACCCCGUCUCUACUAAAAAUACAAAAAAGUAGCCGGGUGUGGUGGCGCAUG